AGCAAAAUAGGAGUUCCAAAAGUUCUAACUAACGAGUCACAAGUAAAUUUACUGUAUGAGGGACUGGAGAUUGAUUCUCAAGAUGUAUUCAUUACAAACAUAUUCAAAAUGGCCAGACAUCAGGUGAUGCUUGAACUUAAAAAGUUAAAUCGUUUGGUAGAUCCCGAAGAGGAGUGGAUUAUUCAGCCAUUGAUUGCAAACGCAUAUUACGAUCCCAUAACUAAUAACAUAAUAAUGCCGCCAGGAAUUCUACGAUUUCCAUUAAUAAGUUUUCAAAGACCAGGUUAUCUUGAUUUCGCCACUUUGGGUAUUGUGAUCGGACACGAGAUUUCACAUUCAAUGGGCACUGACUCACGAAAGUUCAUGAAAUACACAAAUGGGACCAAUUGGUGGACGGAUGAGAUUAACAAAGUCUACAGAGAAAAGGCUAAUUGCUUUGCACAGCAAUAUAAUCAAUAUCUAAUUGAAUCGACCGAUGAAUAUCUCAAUGGAAACCAUACUCUUGAGGAAAAUAUCUGUGAUUUUGCAGGUCUUCAGCAGUCAUAUACGGCUUAUAAGCUUAACAAAGACAAUACGUUUGUACAGUUGCCGGGACUCACAAACUAUACUUCAGAUCAACUAUUUUUUAUACAAUACGCUCAGAUUUGGUGUGAAGUGGUUAGUCUUGAGGGACAUCGUCGCAGUCUACUCGAUGACCACAGCCCUGGUAGAUAUCGGGCCAAUGGAGUUUUAGUGAAUUCCGAGCAGUUCUCCAAAGCAUUCUUGUGUCCAAAGGACUCAGUGAUGAACCCUUCAGCGAAGUGUGGCCUUUGGAACUCCAACUAUGGCUGAGAGUAUCCAAUGAGACCAGACUUCCUCUCUGGCCAUCAAUGCAUAUAUUGAGUACAAACUAGAGAUUUAUAUCAAUGUUAACAUUCAUGAGUUUCAAAUUGUUUUAUUAACUUUUAUUAUGCAAAUCUAUAUAUCAUUAUAAAUG